GAUCAGACACACACACACACACACACACACUCACACCAGGACUGAAGAGGGACACACGAGCAGCUUCUUCUCUCCACAUGAAGGUGUAAAGUGUGUAAGCUGACCUGAACUCACUUCAACAGAUGGUUUGAUCCAAAGAGCUGCAUGAGAUGGUUUCUGACAGCAGAGCUGUCAGGGAGGAGUGAUGUUCAUCAGGCAGGUAAACAUUAAAAGCCAAGUGAUGAUCACAACAAGAUGAUGAUCAUAAAGACUUAAUAUCAGUCGUAGUUUUAAUAAUAUGUCAGGGUACUAAGACAGAUCUAGCCUUGGUUGUAGAAAAGGAACAUAAUAUGAUGCGGUACAUAAAAGAAACAACAAAUAUUUUACUAGUUUAUAAGAAGAAGCAGAGCCAUGGAUUAUUUGAUAGUAAUCUGAUCAGGCACAUGUCUAAUAGGAGCUCAACAUGAUCAGACAUGUGUUGUAAUGGCAGUGUUAGACAGCUCCAGCAUAGAGACAUGUUUGUAACUUUAUAGUUGAUGAAGGGAAGAAGCUGUGAAAGAAUGUGAGGGACACAAUGAGAGAAAGAAGAGAGAGGAGGGAGAGAGGUGAAGAGUGGUCAGACAGGUGGUACGCAGAGAAAGAGAUGGAAGUGUUUUUAGACCAGUGAACAUCUUUCAGGAGGUCGGCUAUGAACUGUUUAACUUGAUUCAAAAAUAAGUUCUUGAAUACUAGAAAUGUUAGAAGAAGUAUAGUUUUAUUAAAUCUGUCAUAUGGUAACAUUUAGUAAAUAUUGCAUCAACACAUAGGGCCUGAUUAUUGUUGUCUUCGUCCUCUAAUUCAAUGUUUUCUCUUUUUCCUACUACCUAGUAUUCCACAGAAAAAUCCAGAUCCUCGUGUGUAUUAGUAAAAUCUAAAAAUGUCACCCGUCACUCAUCAUGUCAUUUUUUUCCAAAAAGACUCCAAUAACCUUCUACUUAUCAUUUCUCUGCAAGGUGCUGAUCAUUAGUGUUUUUGUAGCAUCCAGCAAUGAUGGAGGUGAGGAGGAGGUGGAGGAAGAGGCAGGGCCAGCAGAGCAGGUGUCUGAGCAGGCAGAAAGUGAGGGGGGGGAGUGCUGCUGUAACUCCUGGGGUAGCCAGGGCAAAGAGGAAGGGCAGUGACAGCAUGCUGGAGGAGGAUGAGGAAGAAGGAGGAGAGAGAGAAAGAGAGAGAGAACCACACAGGGAUGACUCGGCUCUGUUUCUGCUGAGCUCGGCUCCUUCCUCCAGAAAAACAAUCCUGCAAACAGAGACUGUUUGGUUGUUCUGUAACACUGUUUUAACUUCCAUGUGUCUGAUAUAUUAUUGUGGUCACCACAGUGUGUUUCAGGGAGAGUGUGGGGGCUGUGUUUGGGAUCAUCAGAUCCUGUUUGUGGCUCCAACAAGGUUUCUGUCAGUCCUGAAUUGUUGUGUCAAGUUCCUGAGAGGAAGGAGAACUAAUGUGUGUCCUGUGGUGUAAAGCUUGUUGUAAUGAUGAACAUGUUGUUGUGUUUGUGUGAAGGUGGAGGCUCUGCUAUGAAUCAGUGUGAGGACGGAGAGGAGGGAGCCCCUCCCUCUAAAAGCACUCUGUGUGGGGAACAUGAAGCCCAGAGGCCAGAGCAGCAGCACGGACCGGACUCUCCUGGACCAGCACCUGUACCUGGACCCAGCUGUGUGUCCUUUAGGAGUGAUCGGUCUAAGGAUAUAAUUAUUAAAUUCAAAGAUGGCCGUCAGUCUGAUGGUCCAAAAGUCCAACAUCAGAGACCAGACUCCCCUGGACCUGGACCCAGCUGUGUGUCCUUAAAGAGUGAUGACUCUAUGGAUCUGUUGAUUAAUUUCAAGUCUGUAGAGCUGAGUGCUGAUGAAAGAGUUCAGAGAUCAGAGGCUCCCAUUGGUCAGUCUGCCCAGCAUCAUCAAACCCAGCUGGACUCCAUAUUGAUGCUGCUCCAGGAGAACAUCAUCAGUUUUGUAAAGACAGAGAUGAAGAAGAUCCAGAGAGUUCUGAGUCCAGAUUACCCAGAAUGCUUAGAGAGUCAGAGUGAGGAUGAAGAGCAGAGGAGGAGCAGAGAGGCCUUUCUGGAGAUCACUCUGCACUUCCUGAGGAGAAUGAAGCAGGAAGAGCUGGCUGACUGUCUGCAGAGCAAGUGCAGACGUAAACUGAAGUCUCACCUGAAGGAGAAGUUCCAGUGUGUGUUUGAGGGGAUCGCUAAAGCAGGAAACCCAACCCUUCUGAACCAGAUCUACACAGAGCUCUACAUCACAGAGGGAGGGACUGGAGAGGUCAAUGAUGAACAUGAGGUCAGACAGAUUGAAGCAGCAUCCAGGACACCACACAGACCAGAGACCACCAUCAGACAAGAAGACAUCUUUAAAGGCUCACCUGGAAGAGAUCAACCAAUCAGAGCAGUGCUGACAAAGGGAGUGGCUGGCAUCGGGAAAACAGUCUUAACACAGAAGUUCACUCUGGACUGGGCUGAAGACAAAGCCCACCAGGACAUCCAGUUCACAUUCCCCUUCACUUUCAGAGAGCUGAAUGUGCUGAGAGAGAGAAAGUUCAGCUUGGUGGAACUUGUUCAUCACUUCUUUACUCAGACCAGAGAAGCAGGACUCUGCAGGUUUGAAGAGUUCCAGGUUCUCUUCAUCUUUGACGGUCUGGAUGAGUGUCGACUUCCUCUGGACUUCCACAAGAAUCAGAUCCUGACUGAUGUUACAGAGUCCACCUCAGUGGAUGUGCUGCUGACAAACCUCAUCAGGGGGAACCUGCUCCCCUCUGCUCGCCUCUGGAUCACCACAAGACCUGCAGCAGCCAAUCAGAUCCCUCCUGAGUGUGUUGACAUGGUGACAGAGGUCAGAGGGUUCACUGACCCUCAGAAGGAGGAGUACUUCAGGAAGAGAUCCAGAGACCAGGAGCAGGCCAGCAGAGUCAUCUCCCACAUCAAGACAUCCCGAAGCCUCCACAUCAUGUGCCACAUCCCGGUCUUCUGCUGGAUCACUGCUACAGUUCUGGAGGAUGUGCUGAAGACCAGAGAGGGAGGAGGGCUGCCCAGGACCCUGACUGAGAUGUACAUCCACUUCCUGGUGGUCCAGUCCAAACUGAAGAGCAUCAAGUACGAUGGAGGAGCUGAGACUGAUCCACUCUGGAGUCCAGAGAGCAGGAAGAUGAUCCAGUCUCUGGGAAAACUGGCUUUUGAUCAGCUGCAGAAAGGAAACCUGAUCUUCUAUGAGUCCGACCUGACAGAGUGUGGCAUCAAGAUCAAGGAAGCCUCAGUGUACUCAGGAGUGUUCACACAGAUCUUCAGAGAGGAGAGAGGACUGUACCAGGACCAGGUGUUCUGCUUCAUCCACCUGAGCGUUCAGGAGUUUCUGGCUGCUCUUCAUGUCCAUCUGACCUUCACCAAGUCUGGACUCAACCUGAUGGAAGAAGAACAAAGAUCAUUCUGGGGGUCUAUAAUAUUCAGAGGCAAACCUGAACCAAAGAGUCUCUACCAGAGUGCUGUGGACCAGGCCUUACAGAGUCCAAACGGACACCUGGACUUGUUCCUGCGCUUCCUCCUGGGUCUUUCACUGCAGACCAAUCAGACUCUCCUGAGAGGUCUGCUGACACAGACAGGAAGUAGCUCACAGACCAAUCAGGAAACAGUCCAGUACAUCCAGAAGAAGAUCAGUGAGGAUCUGUCUGCAGAGAGAAGCAUCAACCUGUUCCACUGUCUGAAUGAACUGAAUGAUCGUUCUCUAGUGGAGCAGAUCCAACAGUCCCUGAAAUCAGGACGUCUCUCUACAGAGAAACUGUCUCCUGCUCAGUGGUCAGCUCUGGUCUUCAUCUUACUGUCCUCAGAGAAAGAUCUGGACGUGUUUGACCUGAAGGAAUACUCUGCUUCAGAGGAGGCUCUGCUGAGGCUGCUGCCAGUGAUCAAAGCCUCCAACAAAGCUGUGCUGAGUGGAUGUGACCUGUCAGAGAGAAGCUGUGAAGCUCUGUCCUCAGUCCUCAGCUCCCAGUCCUCCAGUCUGAGAGACCUGGACCUGAGUAGCAACGACCUGCAGGAUUCAGGAGUGGAGAAACUGUCUGCUGGACUGAAGAGUCCUCACUGUAAACUGGAAACCCUCAGUCUGUCAGGAUGUCUGAUCACAAAGACAGGCUGUGCUUUUCUGGCCUCAGCUCUGACCUCCAACCCCUCCCGCCUGAGAGAGCUGGACCUGAGCUACAACCAUCCAGGAGACUCAGGAGUGAAGCUGCUGGAGGAUCCACUCUGCAGACUGGAUACACUGAGGGUGGACCAUGGUGGAGAGCAGAGGUUAAAACCUGGAGUGAAGAAGUAUGUCUGUGAACUCACUCUGGACUCAAACACAGCACACAGACACCUCAGACUGUCUGAAGACAACAGGAAGGUGACAUAUGUGGAAGAGGAUCAGUCAUACCCUGAUCAUCCAGACACGUUUGACUCCUUUCUUCAGCUGCUGUGUAGAGAUGGUCUGACUGGUCGCUGUUACUGGGAGGUUGAGUGUAGAGGAUGGGUUAAUAUAUCAGUGAGUUACAGAGGAAUCAGAAGGAAAGGAGGCAGUACUGACUGUCUAUUUGGAUAUAAUGAUCAGUCCUGGAGUCUGAUCUGCUCUGAUGAACGUUACUCUGUCCGUCACAAUAACAGAAGAACAGACCUCCCUCUCUCCUCGUCCUCUGACUCUCACAGAGUAGCAGUGUAUGUGGACUGUCCUGCUGGCACUCUGUCCUUCUACAGAGUCUCCUCUGACUCUCUGAUCCACCUCCACACCUUCAGCACCUCCUUCCCUGAACCUCUGUAUCCUGGGUUUGGGUUAUCUCCUGGUUCCUCAGUGUGUGUGUGUUCUGUGCAGCAGGGAGAGUCUCUUCCUCUCUACACAAACACUACACACACAAACAGCUGCUGAAGAACAGUUUACCCUCUGAC